AAAGAAGCGACGACCGGGCCUGUCAAGUCGACGCCGCCUCGCACGGACUCUGGCUUGGUCUCCGAGACCAUUUCCCGUUGCACCGUGGCCGUAGCACAUGCCGACGCCACUCUUUUCGUCCGACGACGGCCUCGUCGCGCUCCACGACAUUAUGAACGCGCUGCUCAACCAUACGCAGGCGGUCCACGCGUACUGCGUCGAUGCGGCGGUGGCCUCGCCCCGCCACGCAGAGCAGCACCAGCUGGGUGCCAUUGCCGCCUUGGCGCUCACGAGUCUUGCUGUCGGUAUCCGUGGCUACAAGCUGCCCCGCGCCAUCAUCUUUGCUGCGAUCAGUAGCAUGGCCUUCGUGCUUUGCCCACCAGCGCUCUUGACGAUGCCACAUGCGCAUGAGCUUCAAUUCGUCUUUAGCGCCGCCAUGGGCUUGCUUUUCGCCUACCUCCAGUCGGUAGGUAUUUUUUGCCUCUGGUCCGCGUACGUCUUUUACGCUGCCAACAUGCUACUGCCGUCGCAUUGGAUGCCGCCCAUGGUCCGCGACGCCGUGACGCUGUACAUUGCCGUCACGGUCGGCGCCGCGCUGGCCAAGUUUGCCCGGGGCCCCGACAACGGCGUGAUUUUGAUCCUUCAGACCGCACCCGUUGGCGCGUGGCUGACGCGGUACGUCAUGACUCUCUUCUUCCCGACCAUCCCCGCUCUUCGGUGGACCCUCGUGCCGCUCAUGUACGUGUACGGCUACUUGCAAAUCAAGCACUUUGACAAGCACACGGUCGCAGCGGCGAAGAAGCCCCAUGCCGACUAGGCCAGCCACACGUGGUCGCUUUCAUUGUUUAUCAAGUCGUUUUCC